AUGGCCAAGCGCAUCUUUGAGUCAAACACCAUCACUUUCACUGAUGAUGAGUUGCCCACAGAAGGAGCUGGACACAACAGAGCUUUGCUUCUUAUAGUGAAAUGUGAAGAGUACUAUGUAAAUAGGGUCAUGGUAGAUGGGGGAUCGGGGGUAGACAUAUGUCCUCUCUCUACACUGCAAAACUUGAAAAUUAGCCUUGACAUAAUUCGCCCCAGCAAUGUAUUUGUUCGAGCUUAUAACGGCUCAAGGCGGGAUACCAUUGGUGAAAUAAAGUUAAACAUGACAAUUGGACCGGUGGAUUUUAUGAUUGUGUUCCAAGUAAUGGACAUGGACACACCUUAUAAUUUUCUAUUGGGAAGGCCAUGGAUCCACACGGCUCGGGCAGUCCCAUCAACUCUGCAUCAAGUUGUUAAGUUUGAACACAACCAUCAGGAAAUCAUUGUGCAUGGGGAAGAUGAUUUGCCUAUUUACAGAGAUCCCUCCAUUCCAUACAUUGAGGCAAAAGAAGGAUGUGAUUCCAUUGUUUACCAAUAUUUUGAGGCCGUAUCAGUCGAUCGCUUUAGAGAAGGAGAUCCCAUUAUCCAACCAUGUCUCUCUUCUUCCUCUUCAAUGGUAGCAACGACAAUGCUUAAAUAUGGUUAUCAACCUGGUAAAGGUUUGGGACUAUGUUCACAAGGAAUUAUGGAUCCCAUUACUCUUUUAGGGAACCAAGGCACCUCUUGCCUCGGAUACAAACAAAGCAAGAGAAAUAGAGAUGAGACUAAGAACCACAAAAGGACUGAUUGGGCGUUUCCACAACCAAUUCCCCAUAUUUAUCAUUCCUUUAUCAAGCCUCAGGGUCUAGAAAUGGAAGCUUCAUUUACUCAUGAAGACAUUGAAGAAGUUAUUCAGGAUCUCAGUCAGUUGUUUUGUGAAGUAAACAUGGUCCAAGUUGGUGAAGGUACAAGUCAUGCCGAUGUGCAGCUCGUGGGCUCCAAUUUUGAGUUAAACAGUUGGGAAGCCACUCCUUUCCCCAUAAGGAAGGAGUCUUGUUCUAUAAAUGCCGGCUUUGAUAACAUGACAUGCAUGCGGAAUUCACUCCCAGAUCUCAAAGAGUUACUUAUUCUUGAAUCCCCGAGUCGAGAGGUUGAAUAUGAUGAAGAAGAGGCUUUUAGGGAAGUUAAUAGGGAAUUGGAACAGUUUGAGCACAAACCUAAGUCUAAUCUUAGUGAAACAGAGGCCAUCAAUUUGGGAAGUAAUGAGGAAGUCAAAGAAAUAAAAAUAAGUCUUCAUGUCAAGAAGGAAAUUAGGGAUGCCAUAAUACAACUUUUGUUUGAAUACAAAGAUGUGUUUGCUUGGUCCUAUGAUGACAUGCCAGGUUUGAGUGUUGAUUUAGUGGUCCAUAAGUUGACCACUCAUCCUGAUUUUUCACCCGUCCAACAAAAAAGAAGAAAAUUCAAAUCGGACGUUAGUGAAAAAAUCAAGGAAGAAAUCAUGAAACAACUAAAUGCAAAUGUGAUCCAAACCAUUCGUUACACUACUUGGUUGGCAAAUGUUGAUCUGUGCCGAAAAAGGAUGGAAAGACGAGUUUGUGUUGACUAUCGGGAUUUGAACAAAGCUAGUCCAAAAGACAAUUUUCCCUUGCCUAAUAUCCACAUUCUAGUGGAUAAUUGUGCCAGACACGAAAUUCAAUCAUUUGUGGACUGCUAUGCAGGGUAUCAUCAAAUCUUGAUGGACGAAGAGGACGCUGAGAAAACUGCUUUCUCCACUCCAUGGGGGACUUAUUGCUGUAGGGUCAUGCCAUUCAGUCUUAAAAAUGUUGGGGCAACUUACAUGAGGGCUAUGACCACCAUGUUUCAUGAUAUAAUGCAUAAAGAAAUCGAAGUAUACGUCGAUGACGUAAUCAUCAAGUCUAUAACACAAGCUGACCAUGUGCAAGAUCUGAGAAAAUUCUUCGAAAGAGUGCGAAGAUAUGAUCUCAAGCUUAAUCCAGCAAAAUGUGCAUUUGGAGUUCCAUCUGGAAAACUUCUAGGUUUUAUUGUCAGUAGAAGGGGAAUCGAAUUGGAUCCUUCCAAAAUAAAAGUCAUUCGAGAUUUGCCACCCCCAAAAAAUAAGACCGAAGUCAUUAGUCUACUUGGGAGGUUGAACUACAUUAGUAGGUUUAUUGAUCAACUCACAACCACUUGUGAGCCCAUUUUCAGACUUUUGAAAAAGGAUGCUAAUGUCCGAUGGACGGAUGAUUGUCAACAAGCUUUUGAAAAAAUCAAGGAAUAUUUGUCCAAACCUCUCGUGUUGGUCUCGCCUGAACUUGAUAGGCCUCUCUUUCUAUAUCUUUCAGUGACAGAUAAUUCCUUUGGGUGCGUUCUCGGUCAUCAUGAUUCCACAGGCAGGAAGGAGCAAGCUAUCUACUACUUGAGCAAGAAAUUCACUAGUUAUGAGGUCAAACUCGCGAAAUGGCAAAUCUUGCUCACUGAAUUUGACAUUAUAUAUGUCACUCGAACUGCAAUGAAAGCUCAAGCUCUGGGAGACCACUUGGCAGAGAAUCCAGUCAAUGGCGACUACGAACCACUGGAUACAUAUUUUCCAGAUGAAGAGAUUAACUCAGUUGAAGAAGUAAAUCUAGAUAAAAACUAG